CCGUGGAACAUACUUCUGCAGAAAAGUCAACCGAUCAAACAUGAGCGAUAAGGAUAAACUUAUAUUGGGGGAGGAUGGCGAAGAAUCAGCGAGGAUAAUGGUCAAACAGAAUACUUAUGUAAAUCUGCCGUGGUACAUCGGAACCGGGUUCCUUCUGUUCUGGGCCCUAUUAUUUUUCGCAGUGGUCAUACCUUUGUUUUAUCGCCUACCCACAUCGCUGACCAUCGAGGAUGAUAAUACAGGAGAGUUCAUUGGGGAUCGCGCUUAUGACGUCCUCAACAAUCUGGUCAACAUUGGAACCAGGGUGGCCGGCAGCAAUGCCAACGAAAUCGACGCAGUAGAUUUUCUGCUAAACGAAGUAUCUAACAUUAGAAAGGAUUUACUUGAUGAUUACUUUACCCUAGAAGUGGACGUACACACAACGUACGGUACACACAUCUAUUACUCCCUACUAGAGAUGUACCAAGGAGUUCAGAAUGUUGUGGUCAAACUGAGCCCCAAGGGGUCAACAAGUGAGUCGUACCUCCUGGUGAACAGCCACUACGAUACAGUGACGAAGUCCCCGGGAGCGGGCGACGAUGGUUUCAUGGUGGCCACCAUGCUGGAGGUGCUACGUGUGAUGGCCACCACACCCCAAACCUUCGAACAUCCAGUCGUCUUCCUGUUCAAUGGAGACGAGGAAAUGGGCAUGCAAGCCUCCCAUGGUUUCAUUACCCAGCACAAAUGGGCUCCGAACUGCAAAGCUGUUGUCAAUUUGGAUUGUGCUGGAAGUGGCGGACGCGAGAUCUUGUUCCAAACUGGUCCUUCGCAUGCCUGGUUAGCCAAUUACUACAAGAAGAGUGCGAAGCAUCCUUUCGCCACAACCAUGGCUGAGGAAUUCUUUCAAAUGGGACUUAUACCCUCCGAUACGGACUAUCGCAUAAUUACGCAAUAUGGAAAAAUUCCAGGUUUUGAUCUUGGCCAAGUUGUCAAUGGCUUUAUAUAUCACACGAAGUACGAUCGCAUUGAUGUGGUUCCGCGAGGCGCAAUUCAGAACACCGGCGAUAAUAUCUUGGGUCUGGUGCGCGCCUUGGCUAAUGCAACUGAAUUGCACGAUAUAGAGGCACAUAAAGGGGGCAACUCUGUCUACUAUGACCUCUUGGGCCUCACUUUCAUCACCUACUCGGAGGAAACUGGCAACAUUUUGAACUACAGCGCAGCAGGAGUUACACUGCUUUUGGUUUUCAUAAGUGUGUGGCGCAUGUCCGCUGUGUCCAGGCUGCCCUUCAGCCAGGUUUCUCAGCGCUUUAUCAUUCUACUGGUUCUUCAGAUUAUAGCCUUUGUAUUGGCCUUGGCACUGCCCUUAUUGGUGGCAUAUAUCCUCGACAGCUUUGGAUUGUCGCUUACCUACUUCAGCUCUCCAUCACUGUUGAUUGGCUUGUACGUGUGCCCAGCCCUUAUUGGACUCUGCCUUCCCAUCACAAUUUACUGUCAGUCACAGGAGAAUAAUAAAUUACCGUUUACCUACCACCUUCAACUGGCUCUGCAUAGCUGGGCCGUGGUACUGUGUCUCCUGGAUGUAGUUGCCACAGCCAACGGCCUGCGCUCCAUCUAUAUUGUCACAGUCCCGAUUAUCUUUUAUGCCGUGUCCUUGGCGUUGAGUCUGCUGACUACGUCUCACGAUCGAGGUUACAGCUGGAGUGGACUGGUCAUUAUUGGUCAGGUGAUUCCCUUCCUGUACAUCAGUUACCUCUUCUACAUAUUCAUCGUGGUGCUGACACCAAUGAAUGGUCGUUCCGGCAGCGCCUCCAAUCCGGAUUCGACUAUUGCUGCUUUGGCAGCUUUGGGCACGAUUUUGUCGUUUGGAUUUCUGUUGCCCUUGACCAACAUGUUCCGACGAUCCGGUUCGGCAUUGCUUACCCUGUUUCUAAUCACAGGCAUUACGAUUUUCCUAGCCUGUGGCACCCAGAUGGGUUUCCCUUAUCGCGCAAGGACGAAUAGUGCGCGAGCUCUUUAUCAGCAUGUCCGCCGAGUCUUCUACGACUACGACGGCUCGGUUAUCAACGACGAAUCCGGGUAUUUAUUCAACUUCCAGGAUAGACGUGAAACGAAAGCAUUUCCCGGCGUAAAUUUUACUGGUGCGAUAAGCCAGAAAGCCAAUUGCGAUGAUCACAUGAUGUGUGCGGCGCCCCUGUUUGAUGAACGUUGGGUUCAAAACCGACUGCAAGGAAUCUGGUUGCCCCGUGAGGAGCCCGUCGUGCCCCCAACAAGAACCACUCUGGAGCUGCUAAGCAAAACAGUAUUGGCUAACAAGACAACGAUACGCUUCAACUUCACACUAACUGGACCGCCCUACUUAAGUUUGUUCAUACAAACCUACGAAGACGACUACGUCACUGUGAGCGACUGGUCAUUCUCCAAGAGUUACCUAGAACAAAAGCCAGCUCCUCCACUUGCCUAUCACAUAUACAUUACCUAUGGUAGAAGUGCCCCACUAGAGUUUUCGCUGGAUAUUACGAAACCAAAUGGAAACUUUAAUGUGCCUCUGUUCCAACUGGGCGUCUCGGCACAUGAUCUUGGAGAAGAAGGAGACGAGCAGAGCAUCAAAUUUGCCUCAACAUUCCCUUCGUAUGCUGUAGUAGUCGACUGGCCCUCCCUAUAUGCACGAUAUAUAUUCUAAAGCGAUCAUAAUAAAACAAUCUUUACCCUAGGAAUUGGCUGAAGU